AUGAGCGUCAUGAAAAUGAACCAAGCCGACGAGCCCAAAGCAGAGUUGAUGUCCCUUGCUGAAAAACUCCACUCUUACAUCCUGAGCUUCCUUCCUUGGCAAGAUAUUCUUCAUUGUACUUCCGCUUACAGGUACACGGCCCACAAGGACCUUCUCCAGCCGUACACAUCAUCAUCAGAUCUUCAAUACACCGGUGAACUCGGUGGCCAACAUUUGCUCCCUGUCUCCAGUAACAACCACACCCCUAUUUCGGAACGUCUCCAACUCCUCAGGGACAAAGUUCAAGCAUGGUUCAGGUUUGACGUCCACUAUUUCAAAACGGUCUCUAUACCAGAACAAUUUUUGAUGCAGUCGCUGAUGGGCACCUCUAUCUCUUGA